CACAGAGAAGGCGGGUGUUUAUGAUUCCAUACGAGUUGAGUUUCAAUUUCAUUGCAACUAAUUCAGCUCUAAUUCAACAUUUGCUCAGCUGGCUAAACUCAGUUGCAUUGAACAAGUAACGACAGCUGGCCUUCCAUGGUCAUUUCUAGCUAACUUAGCUGUAGUUCGCUGACGUACAUUUACAUGGAUCUGGGAAUUCGGAGCAUUAAUUGCUUGGACAUUUGGACUGAGGAGAACAAUGAUAUUAUCAAGAAGUGGAAGCGUAAUGAAAGAAGUCCGGAAAUACAACAGGACGCACGUAAGCGUUACUACUCCGAUAUCCACAAGCUACUUCAAAAAAUACAAGGUGUCCCGUGUGUUCCUGGUAGCGUCCGACUUGAGCUGACCGUUCUUUACAACACUUUGCUUUUCGCUCUUAGCCUGUCAGCUUUCACAGAAUGGCGAGUGCUUCUCACCCAUGGUCUUGUUAGAGCACUUGAAGCCCAGGGCUGCCAUCCCGCCGGCUCUGAGCUGACCGUGCUGUGGCAGACCGCGCUGCAAAUCUUUCCUGGCACAAAGACGCUGUCCUGCCUCCAGCAGCUCCUGUGUGUGCAGGGAGCCCUGUGGCUCUGUUCUGACCAGUUGGAGGAGCUAACGGACAUUCUGUCAGGCCCCCAGAAAGAUGUGGCAGCAGCGUCAGGAGAUAUGCUUGCAGUAAUUGGAGACCUCAGGUUUUCCAUUGAAGGGAAUACCGCCCUCUCCGUUGCCAUGGCACCCGGGGAGCUAAAGGAGCUUGUACACAUCUGCACUGUCACAACAAAGGGUGUUAGAGCGAUGGAGGAGGGGAAGUACCCCCGGGCCCUUCUGGCUUUUCAGCAGGCCCUCUCCCUGCCUGCACCCAGGACCCUCCUGGCACAGCUCCACACCAUGACUGGCAUCUGCCUGGGCAAACUGGGCCGGACCCAGAGUGCCCUGCAGUGCUUCAGGAAGGCCCUGGAGGUGGACUUUGGCUGUCGGAGUGCGCUGUAUCAGAGCUCGCUGCUCUACGGGCAACUGGGGAAUACCCAGGCUGAAAUGGAGGCCCUCGGUCUCCUCCACGCUGCGGUGUCCCUCCCUGCCUGUGGAGACUCUUCCAGGGACCAGCCCCCGCUGCUCGCCCCCGAAUCCCUGCUCCAUAGCUCCACCCUCACCCGCCUCCUCGCCACGCCCUCCCCACCUGGGGUCCAGCAUGCCCUGGCACACAGGUGCCUGCAAAGCCACAGAAUACCGGAAGCUGUAGAGCACUACCUGGACUUGCUGACUUCCUUACAAGCAGAUGGAAAGCUGUUGGUAAACACGGGUGGCAGCCCAAGUCUUCCCAGAAUCCCUGAGAUCUACCUGGAGGCGGCGUUCGCCAUGCUGAAGGCCCGGAGACUGUGGGACACGGUGGCGAUCUGUGAGGAAGUUCUCAGUGAGACCGUAGACCUGGUCCCAGAAAGGCUGGUGCUGGAGGUUCCCGUUGAAGAGCAGCAGGGGCCAGACUGUGCCACACAGCCAGCUCCUCUGUACGGGAGGAGCAGAGAGAGUGUGGUGGAGAGGCUGAACCUUGUGCUGUGGACUGGAGCCUCCUACCUCCUCCAGGGCCAAGCCUACAGCCACAUUAAGGACCAUACAGAGGCCAUAACACAUUUCACCAGAUCAAUAAAUGCGCUCCUAAAGGUGCUCGUUAAAAGUAAAGACAGCUGGUGUGGAGAUCCAGGACAGGGGGCUGGGGUUAAGCUACAGACCCUACGGACACUGAAGAGCCAGGCCCUGGCUGGUAGGGGGGUCUGCUUCCUGCUCACUGGGAGGCACAGGGAGGCUCUUCAGGACCUCCAGCUAGGCCUACAAGCCUCACCAGGGAUGGAGCACGCAGAGCUGUGGCUGGUCGAGGCUCUCUGGCAGCUGGGGAGGAAGGAGGAAGCGGUUUCCCGUUGGAGGACAAGGAAUCAAAGCUCCGCCCACACACCUGUAUCACAGGAGCACAAACCUGGAUUUCUGCCUGUGUAUCUACAACACAACCUUCAAAAUGGGGUCUGUGUUGAGCCUGAGGGCCUGAGGAAGAAGAUGGAAGACCUUCACUGCAGAGGAGCUGCAACAUGAGGAGAUAUGAUUACCAGUUGCAUUUUUGGGAAAUCUAUCCCACGUGGGAUUUCUUCCAGGAACUACAUAUUGGCUUUUAAGACUUUUAAGCCUUCUGCCGCAGACACACAUUAUACCUGGGAACUUGAGUACAUCGGUGGAGUGCAAUGAAAAUCUAUAUAAAAUCUGUACUGGGCAAAAUGACGCAUCAUGCACCAUUAUGACAAGCCAUGAAAAGUAUAGUAAUUAUGAGUAGUCAAUCUGCACUUGGUGACUAUUUACCUGAACAAUUGUGUAAGGUGCUGUAAUUAAUAAGAAAAAUGUUUUACUAACUAUAUAUCACUUCCACCACGCUUUAUAGUUCUAUCACUAUCACUAAUGUGCACAUUUUUAAGAGGAAAUUUGAACUAAAAAAAUCUCCAACCACAGUGCUGAAUAGCAAAAUUGUUAAGCAGUAGACAUUAUGUAUUCUCUUUGUGGUGAUCAUAAGUUAUCCAACAUGGUUUAUUGUUGACCAUAUUCAUUAAAUUCAGUUCUCCCAAAAUGAUACUGCCUAAGGUGACUUCCAAAUUGUUACCCAUUUAUUUAU